AUGUAUGAAAAUUUUGCAUACUCAUGCGUGGGUCAUCAAUGCCCUUUACAAGAAAAUAUAGCAAGCAUUGACCCCAACGAAAGGUACAUCACAACCAUGACUGACUCCUAUAACAACUAUUUGAAUUGGGAGCCUUUGAUCUCUCUGAUUGGAGUACCCUACUUACUCUCUCUUGGAACGUUUGGGGUGACAUUCUCCCCCACCCAACCUCAUGACGCCCUUGUUACGAAGGAUAACCAUCUUGCCUACCUCUUUCGAAGUGCUUGGCAUGGGUUGAAUGCUCCAGGACCUGCUCUGAUAUCACUUGUCACGGGUCAAAACUCAACCUCUAGGCUCAAUAUCCUGCCUACUCUCAUCGGAGUGCUUGGUGUGACACUAUAUCUAUCCUACAACAUUGUUGAUGGCUCAAUCCCUUCCAUUCCAGGUCAAUUAAUGAAUUUGAUGGAGCUUCAUCUCUCCCACAACAUGCUUGUUGGUCCAAUCCCUUCCUUUUUAGAACAUUUAAGCAAGCUCGUGUUUAGGUUUAUAAACCAGAAUAGAAUUCGAAAGUUUGAUUACAUGUGGGGAAGGUUAUAG